GAGGACAGUAACGCAGGGGGAGUCGCCCACGGGCGGGACUUGUGGCUGAACCCCAGGCCUCAGACUGCAGCCGACAAGUGACUGCGACAGGCCUCACCGGAGUCGGGCCCUGAAUCGGCCUGCUCCGCGUCCGCUCCCCAGUCGGCGCCCCGGCCAGCUGUCCGCGCUGGGGGAGGGCGUCCUGGGGGUCGACUCACCGAUCUGCCCGAUGAACUCGAUCUUGAUGCCCUGGUGCUCCAGUCGCUUGUUGGGGUUCUUGAGCGCAAGGCUCACCUUCCCGGAGACCGUCUCCCCGUCGUAGAAGAGGAAAUAUUUCUCCUUCUUCCCGUCCUCCGUCUUGUGCUCGGCCCGCUUCCUACUCUCCGCAUCGUUCAGAAGGAUUUCCACCUCCACGCUCUGCCCGAAGCCGAAGAAGCUCAUCGCACCGCCGGACCGGGCGCGUCUUGGAACGCCUCGGCGCGCGCGCGGGAGCGAGCUUUGAAAGUUGAGUGCUGCGACUGCGAGCCGGUACCCUGGGUAUCAUGGUGGCGCUGCGGGGCCUUGGGAGUGGCCUGCAGCCCUGGUGUCCGCUGGAUCUUAGCCUCGAAUGGGUUGACACAGUGUGGGAACUGGAUUUCACAGAGACUGAGCCUUUGGAUCCCAGCAUAGAAGCAGAGAUCAUAGAGACUGGAUUGGCUGCAUUCACGAAACUCUAUGAAAGUCUUUUACCCUUUGCUACUGAAGAACAUGGAUCUGUAGAGAGUAUCUGGACCUUCUUCAUUGAGAACAAUAUUUCCCACAGUACACUCGUGGCAUUGUUCUAUCAUUUUGUUCAAACAGUACAUAAGAAGAAUGUCAGUCUGCGGUAUAGAGAAUAUGGCCUUCAUGCUGCUGGGCUUUACUUUUUGCUACUAGAAGUACCAGGCAGUGUAGCCAAUCAAGUGUUCCACCCAGUGAUGUUUGACAAGUGCAUUCAGACUCUAAAGAAGAGCUGGCCUCAGGAAUCUAACUUGAAUAGGAAAAGAAAGAAAGAACAGUCUAAGAGCUCUCCGGCUAAUCCCAGGAGGCAUAGAAAAAGGGGAAAGCGACCCAGGAAAGAAGAUACUGAGAUGGAUGAAACUAUAGAAGAACAAGAAGAUGAAAACAUUUAUUUUUCUCCUCGGGACCUUUCUCAAAUUCGAAAUGCCAUCUUUCACCUUUUAAAGAAUUUUUUAAGGCUUCUACCCAAGUUUUCUUUGAAAGAAAAGCCACAGUGUGUACAGAAUUGUAUAGAGGUCUUUGUUGCAUUAACUAAUUUUGAGCCAGUUCUUCGUGAAUGUCAUGUUACACAAGCCAGAGACCUUAACCAAGCAAAAUACAUACCAGAAUUGGCUUAUUACGGAUUGUAUUUGCUGUGCUCCCCUAUUCAUGGAGAAGGCGAUAAGAUUAUCAGUUGUGUUUUCCAUCAAAUGCUCAAUGUAAUAUUAAUGUUAGAAGUUGGUGAAGUUUCCCAUCGUGCCCCCCUUCCUAUUACCUCCCAAGUCAUCAAUCGUAGAAACCAGGCGGUCCAGUUUAUCAGCUCCCUUGUGGAUGAAUUAAAGGAGAGUAUAUUCCCAGUCCUCUGUAUCUUACUACAGCACAUCUGUGCCAAGGUGGUAGAUAAAUCAGAGUAUCGUACUUUUGCAGCCCAGUCCCUAGUCCAGCUGCUCAGUAAACUUCCUUGUGGGGAAUAUGCUAUGUUCAUUGCCUGGCUUUACAAAUACUCCCGAAGUUCUAAGAUCCCACACCGGGUUUUUACUCUUGAUGUUGUCUUAGCCCUGUUAGAACUGCCUGAAAGAGAAGUGGAUGACACCCUCUCCUUGGAGCAUCAGAAGUUCUUAAAGCAUAAGUUCUUGGUGCAGGAAAUUAUGUUUGAUCGUUGCUCAGACAAGGCGCCUACCGUCCGCAGCAAGGCACUGUCCAGCUUUGCGCACUGUCUGGAGCUGACGGUUGCCAGUGCGUCAGAGAGUAUCCUGGAGCUCCUGAUUAACAGUCCUGCAAUUUCAGGAAUAGAGAGUCACCCUGGUACAUUACUGAGAAAUUCAUCAGCUUUUUCCUAUCUAAGGCAGACAUCUAACCGUUGUGAACCCUCAGGGGAGAUGAACAUAGACAGCAGUGGUGAAACAGUUGGCCCUGGAGGCAUUGGAGAUGCACAAGUCUGUGAGGCAGAGCUCUAUCUCUUAAGGAGCAGUGGAGAGACAGAAAGAUGUGUCAUGGCAAUGCUGAGAAGGAGGAUCAGGGAUGAGAAGACCAACGUUAGGAAGUCUGCGGUGCAGGUGUUAGUGAGUAUCUUGAAACACUGUGAUGUCUCGGGCAUGAAGGAAGACCUGUCGAUUCUGUCGGACCGGUGUCGGGACCCUGCAGUGUCUGUCCGGAAGCAGGCCCUCCAGUCUCUUACGGAACUCCUUACGGCUCAACCUAGAUGUGUGCAGAUCCAGAAAGCCUGGCUGCAGGGGGUGGUGCCGGUGGUGAUGGACUGCGAGAACACUGUGCAGGAGAAGGCCCUGGAGUGCCUGGACCAGCUGCUGCUGCAGAACAUCCAGCAUCACCGUCAGUUUCACAGUGGGGACGACAGCCAGGUGCUCGUCUGGGCACUUCUUACUCUUCUCACCACAGAAAGCCAGGAACUGAGCCGAUAUUUAAAUAAGGCCUUUCAUAUCUGGUCCAAGAGAGGAAAGUUCUCAUCCACUUUUAUAAACAAUAUAAUAUCUCACACUGGCAUGGAACAUUCGGCACCUGCCUGGAUGCUGCUCUCCAAGAUUGCUGGCUCCUCACCCAGUCUGGACUAUGGCAGAAUAAUACAGUCCUGGGAGAAAAUCAGGAGUCAGCAGAAUCCCAAUUCAAACACCUUAGGACAUAUUCUUUGUGUGAUUGGGCAUAUUGCAAAGCAUCUUCCUAAGAGCAUCCGGGACAAAGUGACUGAUGCCGUCAGGAGUAAGCUGAACGCAUUUCAGUGGCCUCUAGAGGUGAUCAGUGCAGCCGUGGACGCUCUGCAGAGGCUUUGUAGCGCAUCUGCAGAGACACCAGCAGAGGUGCAGGAAUUGCUGAAGCAGGUGUGUGGGGAUGUACUCUCCACCUGUGAGCACCGCCUCUCCAACAUCGUUCUGAAGGAGGAUGGAACAGGGAAUAUGGAUGAAGACCUGUUGGUCAAGUACAUUUUUACCUUAGGGGAUAUAGCCCAGCUGUGUCCUUCCAGGGUGGAGAAACGCAUCUUCCUCCUGAUUCAGUCUGUCCUGGCUUCACCUGCUGAUGCUGACCAUUUACCACCAUCUCAAGGCAGCAGUGAUGCCCCAGCCUCUGAGCCACCCUCCCAGGUCAGAGGUUCUGUCAUGCCCUCCGUGAUUAGAGCACAUGCCAUUAUUACCUUAGGUAAGCUGUGCUUACAGCACGAGGAUCUCGCCAAGAAGAGCAUCCCAGCCCUGGUGCGAGAGCUCGAGGUGUGUGAGGAUGUGGCUGUCCGCAACAACGUCAUCAUUGUGAUGUGCGAUCUUUGCAUCCGCUACACUGCCAUGGUGGACAAGUAUAUUCCCAACAUCUCUAUGUGUCUGAAGGAUUCCAACCCGUUCAUCCGGAAGCAGACGCUCACCUUGCUUACCAAUCUCUUGCAGGAAGAAUUUGUGAAGUGGAAGGGCUCCCUGUUCUUUCGAUUCGUCAGCACUGUGAUAGAUUCACACCCAGACAUUGCCAGCUUUGGGCAGUUUUGCCUGGCUCACCUGUUACUGAAGAGGAACCCUGUCAUGUUCUUCCAACACUUCAUUGAGUGUAUUUUUCACUUCAAUAACUAUGAGAAGCAUGAGAAGUAUAACAAGUUCCCGCAGUCAGAGAGGGAGAAGCAGCUGUUUUCAUUGAAGGGAAAGUCAAACAAAGAGAGACGAAUGAAAAUCUACAAAUUUCUUCUAGAGCACUUCACAGAUGAACAGCGAUUCAACAUCACUUCCAAAAUCUGCCUGAGUAUUUUGGCAUUCUUUGCUGAUGGCAUCCUACCCUUGGACCUGGAUGCCAGUGAGUUACUCUCAGAUACAUUCGAGGUCCUCAGCUCAAAGGAGAUCAAGCUUUUGGCAAUGAGAUCUAAACCAGACAAAGACCUCCUUAUAGAAGAAGACGACGUGGCCUUGGCAAAUGUAGUCAUGCAGGAAGCUCAAAAGAAGCUCAUCUCACAGGUUCAGAAGAGGAAUUUCAUAGAAAAUAUUAUUCCAAUUAUCAUCUCCUUGAAGACUGUGCUGGAGAAAAAUAAGAUCCCAGCUUUGCGGGAACUCAUGCACUAUCUCAGGGAGGUGAUGCAGGAUUACCGAGAUGAGGUCAAGGAUUUCUUUGCAGUUGACAAACAGUUGGCGUCAGAGCUUGAGUAUGACAUGAAGAAGUACCAGGAACAGCUGGCCCAGGAGCAGGAGCUAGCAAAACAUGCAGAUGUGACUGGUACGGCUGGAGGUGCCGAGGUGGUGCCUGUGGCACAGGUUGGUCCAUGUUUAGAAACAGUGCCAGCUCCUGCUGGCCAAGAAAAUCCCGCCACGUUCCCUGCCGUGAGCCAGCCCUGCACACCCAGGGCAAGUGCCGGCCACAUGCCAGUGUCAUCUCCUACACCUGAAACUGGGCCGUUGCAGAGGCUGCUGCCCAAAGCCAGGCCCAUGUCCCUGAGCACCAUUGCAAUCCUCAAUUCUGUCAAGAAAGCAGUGGAGUCCAAUAGCAGGCAUCGGAGUCGGAGCUUAGGAGUUCUGCCUUUGACGUUAAGUUCUGGAAGCCCAGGAAAAACGUGCAAUCAGGUGUCGCCAUACAGCUUGGAGCAAGAGUCGGAUGGCACAGUCGUGCACAUGACCAAGCGAGCCAUCAGCACCCCCGAGAAGACCAUCAAUGAUGUCACUUUUGGAGCAGGGGUCAGUUACAUCAGGACUCCACAGACUUCUUCAACAGUCAAAGAGAAAACUGAAGCCUGGAGUCAAGGAAAUGACAUCUUAUGUUUAUCAUCGCCCGAUAAACCGCCCCCACAGCCUCAGCAGUGGAAUGUGAGGUCUCCAGCCAGGAAUAAAGACACCCCAGCCCGCGGCAGGAGGUCCCUCCGAAAGACCCCUCUGAAAACAGCCAACUAAAACAGCGCAUCCCCACCAGUGUCCAGGAGGCUAAGAGCCCUUGAGGAAGCGGUCUCGUGUCCUCCAUCUGACAAGGCAGCUGGGUCACUUCCCACAGCCCGUGGGCAGCGCUUUGCUAUGGAACACGAGGGCUUUUCCUCCCUAGGGGCCUGGCACUCACCUGCAUUUGGCCGGCCAGCCUUUUCUAUUCUCUGUAUGAUGUACAUGGUUAAACACUGUAAAAUCAUAGAGAUGUGCCAGAUUUAGAAGCCUUAUCUAUUUAAUACAACUUUAUUCCAUUUGAAAGCAUCAAGUCCAUUCAGGUAAGCUAUUAUAAUCUGAUCUGUAAGGAACACAACUUUAAAACUUCAGCUUUCUUUUAUAUAAAUCAAGCCUCUGUUAACGUGUUUGAAUUCCUUAUAGUACAUAUUUUCCCAUCUGUAAUGACCAAAUUUUGAUUCUAAAAUUUUUUCUAUUUAUAAUUGUAAUUUUUUACAAAAAGUGUACAGCUUUUUAAAAGUAAUAAAGCUUUAGCAUAAAUACAG